AUGGAGGGCGCUCAUUGGUCUCACCCGUUCCCCUCAUUGUUCCCGCGCGGGAUGAAAAGGGAACGAACAGGAGGCGGGGCUCUUCUCGGGGAUGUUAUGCACCUGACGCUGUCAAUUGAUCACUAUCCCGGAAUCAGAUCACACGUGUGUCGAUUAAUUAUCGUGAUGAGCGAGGAACUUGAGGAUAAUGGUCAGACCGACGCGAAAACCGCGGAAACGUUACAAACACCGCGACCGUCUUCGCCGCGGAAAUUCUUUGCUAGGAUUUACGGGCAUCUCGAGGAACCUAAGCGACCGAGUGUGGUGGAUAACGUGCAGGGGUUCGAGAGCGACUCUUCCUCGGACGUGGAAAUAGGCGAGAGUGAGGGGUCAGUGGAGCUGCAGGCCAGGGAGCCCCAGCUGUGGUCGCCGCCGCCGCCGCUGCCGCUGUGUCCGCGCCCCAUGCUGCUGCCGCACCAACAACUAGCUUUUGGAGCUGGUCUUGCUGCGUUUCUGGCUCGCAGACGCCGCAAGGAGAGCCGGCCACGUCGACAGCGCACCACCUUCUCUGCACAUCAGACUCUUCGGCUGGAACUGGAAUAUGCGAGGGGCGAAUAUGUUGCUCGGGCGAGAAGGUGCGAACUAGCAUCUGCAUUAUCACUCAGCGAGACACAAGUGAAAAUUUGGUUUCAAAACCGAAGAGCUAAAGACAAAAGAAUUGAGAAAGCACAACUAGAUCAACAAUACAGACAUUUAGCAGCAGCAUCUGGGUUGUUCCCGAGUGUCCUGUCUCCUGCGUACUGUACACCGCCCACUUGCCCCUGCCUUCCUGUCCAGCACCCACCGACAAUAAACGAUAAAUGAAGUACUUAUUUUUAGAACAACCGUUUGACAGCAUAGUCAGAUACGGUUCAAAGUCAAAACACUUCUUAGGUAGACCAAAAAUGCACUUACGAAUAAAAUAAAAAUGUCUACCAGUCAUACUUUUGCUUGUACGUCAGCACAAAUAACGGUAUUUUCAAAACUUUAUAGCCGGUCCCAAAGGCUCAACGGCCGAUUUAUGAUUAAAAAAAUGUUUUUAACAGAUUUAGAUACUUUAAAGUUAAAAUUCGUCAAACAACAGUUACUACCUAGUACUUAUAACUGUAUACCGUAUCUGGCCACGGCCCAAUAGAUUUAACGAGCAAUUGUAUGUGAACGACCUGCUUUAAGGUCAUUCAUAUUGUUAUUUUCCUUCGAAUACUUCGAUAAAAACUUCAAUAAAUUAUACCAAAAAUAUUUAUAAUUUGUAUUAGGUAACUAUAUUUUACGCCAAGCUAAAUUAAACUUGUUUUGUUUCUUUUCGUUAUUUAAGUAGACACCUACUUAU